GUGAAUAUAGAAAUUAUAUAUUUGGGUUUCCAGAAAUUGAGAUUAAAUUGGAAAUAAUUGAAAAAUCUUACAAACUUAUGAUUUAAAUAUCUUUAUGUGUACAUCACCAGCAUUUAUGAUUCCUUAUUGGUAAUAGAGAAAGCUCAGGUUUUUUCCCAUUUCAGUAGCUUUACUGAGGAAUAGAAUUAUUCCUUAUUAUUCCUCAUUAUGAUAAGAUAACUGGUACUUUAAAAUUCUCAAAGCACUUUUACAUGUACAACAAUUUGAUCCUCAGAACAUGCUUGCAAAAUAGGUAUAUUAGCCUAGAUUAUUAGCCUCAUUUUACAAAUGAGGAAAUUGAGGUCGAGUGGUUAAGUGAUCCAGGACCACAAAGCUAUGGGUCCAAUGCAGGAUUUCAACACAGGUCUUUCCAACUCUUAACUCUAGCCAGCCAGUGUGUCACCUAACUACCUCUAGGUAUUAAAUCUUCAAUACCACUUUUCAUUGGUGAAGAAGAAUAUCAGUAUGACUCAAUUUAAGGUCAGAUUAGUAGGUUUAGAUAAUUGGCAUCAACUUUCUGGCCUCAAUUUUUAUGUGUUACUGAUUGAUUUUCCUAUUAUAAUGGAGAGGCAUCUUCAUACAAUGGCAAUAGAAAUAGAUUUUUUUUUUUUGGGUGCAAAUCUUGCCUCUGUCACUUUCUACCUGUGUGACGUUGGGCAAGUCACAUCCUCUCAGGGCUUGAUUUUUCUCAACUGUAAGAGGAAGGCAUUGGUCUAGAUAAUCUUUAAUGGCUUUUUCAGUCCCUACUCUGCAGUUUGUAAUACUAAACUAUCAAUCUGUAUAUAUUUAUCAAGCAUGUUCUAUAUGCUAGUCACUUGAAAUACAAAGGGAAAAAUGAAAGAGUCCUUGCCUUUAAGGAACUUGCAUUCCACUGGGAGGAGAGCCAUGAGUAGGCACAAUAGUAAAUACAAAAUAUAUUCAAAUUAGUUUUCAGAGGGAAGGACACUAGUAAUUAUAAGCUAUAAGGAUGCUUAUUAGUGUAGGAAGUAGUACUUGACUAUGCUUUGAAAGGCUAUUAAAAGGUCAUAGAUGAGGUGUGCAUUUCUAGCCUAGACUGAGGAGAUGAUGUAGGAUGAAUAAUGAGAAGACCAGUUUGGCUGGAAUGUUGAGAAUAUGACUUCUCUGGCAGAUUGCUGCCACUAUCAUUCCUCUCCCCCUCUCCCCUCACUCUUCUCCCUCCUUCUCCCCAACUCUAACCUUCAUCCUCUUCAUUUCUAUCAUUUCCUUCUCUGCUGCCUACAAAUAUGUCAUCCUCAUCCUUAAAAAACAAAUACCUCUCAAGUUCUAACCAUAGUUUCUCUUUCUCAUUCACAUUCUUAAUGCUUCCACCUCCUUUCUGAUUGCCCUCUUCUAAAUUCUGUGCAGUCUUGCUUCUGGCUUUUGUCACUCAGCUGAAACUGCUCUCUCUAACAUUGCUAUUGAUCUCUUGGCAAAUCUAAUGAUUUAUUCUAAUUUAAUCCUUUUUAAUCCCUGCAGUAUUUGACUCUUGUCAACCAUCAUCUCCUCCUGGAUAAUCUCUUUGGGUUUUCAUGGCACUAAUCUCUCCUGAUUCUCCUAUCUGUCCGACUACUACUUCUCAGGCACCUUUGUUGGAUCAUCAUCCUUGUCAUGUCCACUAAUUGUGCCAGAAUCAUAAGCUGCUGUGACUAUGAAGAGAGCGACUCAUUUUAUCAUUUUUACUUAGGGAAAAAAAUGAUAGAGAAAAAUCAGACUUGUUCUGUAGGGCAGGAUUCUAUACCCUAUAUGACUUGUCUGGUUCACAUAUUGGAAGGAUGGAUUGGUGUCCAACAAUUAGAAGAUUAUUUGAAUUUUAUUAACUAUCUUUUGUGGGUAUUUACUCCACUAAUAGUCUUGAUACUUCCUUAUUUUACCAUUUUUCUUCUCUACCUUACUAUUAUUUUCUUACAUAUUUAUAAGAGGAAGAAUGUAUUAAAGGAAGCAUAUUCCCAUAAUUUAUGGGAUGGUGCAAGAAAAACUGUAGCAACGGUUUGGGAUGGACAUGCAGCAGUAUGGCAUGGUUAUGAGGUUCAUGGAAUAGAAAAAAUACCAGAAAAAGGACCAGCACUUAUUAUUUUUUACCAUGGGGCCAUUCCUAUAGAUUAUUACUAUUUUAUGGCUAGAAUCUUUAUCCAUACAGGCAGAACCUGCCGAGUAGUAGCUGAUCAUUUUGUUUUUAAAGUCCCAGGAUUUAGUCUGUUACUUGAUGUAUUUUGUGCUCUUCAUGGACCACGAGAAAAAUGUGUUGAAGUGUUGAAGAGUGGCCAUUUGUUAGCUAUUUCACCAGGUGGAGUUCGAGAAGCUCUUCUUAGUGAUGAGACCUACAGCAUAAUUUGGGGUGAUCGUAAAGGCUUUGCCCAGGUUGCUAUAGAUGCAAAAGUGCCCAUCAUUCCUAUGUUUACACAAAAUAUUCGAGAAGGAUUUAGAUCACUUGGAGGAACAAGGUUAUUCAGAUGGCUUUAUGAAAAAUUCCGGUAUCCAUUUGCCCCAAUAUAUGGAGGCUUUCCAGUUAAAUUACGCACUUAUUUAGGUGAUCCCAUUCCAUAUGAUCCAAAGGUGACAGCAGAACAACUAGCUGAGAAGACAAAGAAUGCAGUUCAAGAACUGAUAGAUAGACACCAAAGAAUACCUGGAAACAUCAUGAGUGCUCUGUUGGAACGUUUUCAUAAAAAACAAGAGGUCAACUAGAAUUUUAAAAAUACACUAAUAUAUGUUUGAAUCCAUCAUGCUAUUUGCUAAAUUUUAUAAGUUGCUAUAGUUGUUUUAAAAAUCAUGUUAAAAAACCAUUUUUCACAAGAUCUGUUUGUUAGAAAUUGUGUUGUUUUAACCUUAUUUUUGCACUUAGUGUCAAAUUCAUACUGUAAACAAUUUUUCAAAUGUUCAGUAAUUCAAAACAUAGUAAUACUCUUAUUGAUAAAUCACUAAUAAGGCAUUGAAAAAUACAUGGAUUAUUAAAAUUAAGUUUAAUGAAUUUGAUGAAAUGAACUUUCCUAAGAUAUCUAAGUAUGGCAGCUAGGUGGCACAGUGGAUAGAAUUCUGGGCUUGGAGUCAGGAGGACCUGAGUUCAAAUGUAGCCUCAGACAUUUACUAGCUUUGUGACCCUGGGUGAGGUCCUUUGCCCUGUUUGCUUCAAUUUCCUCAUUUGAAGAUUGAGCUGGAGAAGGAAAUGGCAAAUCACUCCAGUAUCUUUGCCACACAAAAUCCAAUUGGAGUCAUAGAGUCAGACACAAUUGGAAAGACUGAAUAAGGAAAGCUAUGUUUUUAAUUUCCACAUUUCUAUUGCACUCAGCUAAUUUUGAGAGGCAGUAUUGUCUCUUGAUCUAAAUACAGGUACUGAAGUUAUAGACAUUAUAGUUAUAGUUAUAGACAUACUUCUUUAUCUCUGAUUCACUAUGUGACUUUGGGCAAGUCCUUAAUUUUUCAGUGCCUCAGUUUUUCCAUUUUGAACAUGGACAUAAUACUUUUUCUAUAUAAGGACAUAGUUAAGAAUAAUUAAUUCUUCUGAAGUGCUAUAUUUGUGUUCUGUAAUUACUGUAGAACAUGAAAUAAAUUAACUUAUUCAUUCCUGUAUCUAUCUAACAAGCUAAUUCUCAGUUUCAGUAUGACUGUUUAAAUAAAUUCUCUAGGCAUGAAGUCCAAGUUGCCAAUCAAAAAAAAAUUUAAAUGUAGUGGUGUUCUUUAAAUAAAUGAAAAAGGAAAUUGGGAAAUCUAAGCUUUUUCUAAGUAUUACCUUUUAGUAUUUAUUAUAUUUCUUUUAAAGUCACAGAAACACACAGCAUAUGAUGUGUUGUACAAUAGGUCAACCCUGUAACAGGGUCUUUAAUAGCAUAAUAGAAAAAUCACAAUCAGGUGCAAUUUUGUAAAUUUAGAGGUCAGUUUUAGAUAGGUUAAGAUAGAACUAACAAUAUCUGUCUUCGCACAAUUAUAGGGCUUAUUUGUUUUUAAUAUGUAAGCAAUAAAAUGCUUUAUAGUUUGGACAGAUCAUACUUGAAUAAUCAAUGCACUCCAAAAAAAAUCAGAAUCUAGAUUUCUGGUCUCCUUGAAAACAUAAUUUAAAAAGUAUUUAAAUAAAAGUAUCAAAAAUCAAGUGCAGUAUAACUUCUUUUUAGGUGUUAAGUGUACUUCUAAUUUGUAUAGAUUUUAUAUGCAAGUCUCUAUUUAUGUCCUAUGUAUUGUACAUAAAAAGAAGCCAAUUUAAAAAUAAAGCUGAAAUUACAAGUGU